AUGUGUAGUCCUUGUCCGCCCCAGCUACACGAUGCGCGCCGCGCGUUGAUGGGGAGCGGCAGGAGGAACAACGCCGCGCACCCGAGCUACGAGAGCCUCGACGCCUUCUUUUGCGGCUGCUUGGAGCGCGUGGAGGCAGCGUACGCCACGCUGAACAAGGCCUUCAAGAAGAUAAGGGUCGAGUGCUGGAUCGCCAAGCUCAACGGCCCGUACCCGCUGCCCAACGUCGCGUGGCGAAAGAACCGUAACGCCUUCGCCGCUCUCCUCGCCCGUGCCGUGGAAGAGGUCGACUUCAGAGAGCCGUUCGAUAGGCGCCCCCCAGAGGGGAGUUUGCCCACCCUGGCGCCCCACCUCCGAGCCCGCAUUCCUGACCGAAACCCGUUCCAACGAACUGGUAGCGACUUCUGGCUGCGGCACAGAGCUUGGUUGGAUACUAGCCGAGGCCUUUCCGGGAGAGAUUUCGCCAACGAGGCCGCCGAAGCGUCCCGUACUUUUCAGCCGACAAGAAGAGGGUCACCAUCGCCAACGAGCCAGGACCCCCGGUUCGCGUCACCCGGGUUGCAGGGGGGAGGGCACGACGCUACCGCCGACACCACCGUCAUCGGCGGUGGCAUCACCAGCGGGAUUACUACUACUGCUGGCGGUUGUUGCGGCGCCACCGCGGCUGCCCUUUCGCCACUCGUGCCGCCACCGCCGCCGAACCCCUCAUCCCCGAGAAUACACAGUGGCGGUGGCAGCGGCAGCGGCAACAAUAACGCCGCACCGUGUGCCGCCGCCGCUCGAGGUCCCUGCGGCACCCGCACCACCAAGAGCAAGAGGUGUCCGUGCGACCCUCUUGGAAAGGCGGGGUUCGAGGGGGGGGCUGGGGGGGCGCCGCGCGGAGGAGGAACAGGCGGCGGAGUGGAGGCAGCGGGAGAAAGGGUGGGGUGCGGGCAUUGCGGGUGUGACGGAGAGAGAGUACGGGCCCUUCAGACGAUGGUCAGGGAACAAGCCCUCCAGCUCGCCGCUCUUCGCCUCCAGCAAGCGUACCGGGGGAGGGCCCAGGCGGCAGAGCUGCAGCGUGUACGGCACGAACGUUGCCGAUUGACGUCGGUUAGGCUGGAGGAGAUGCUAGCGAGGCGGGGGGGACGAGAACAGCAGAACCGCCAAGCAGAAGAAGACCAAGAUGCCUCUUCUUCUCCACGUCCACCCCAACUCAAUCCGCCGCUGCCAGGGUUGUCCAAGGGUGCUGCCGCAAAUUUGAACGUGGAUCUCGAGCGCCGGCUGGACAGGUUCCAGGAGGAUGCCCGAGUGUUGGUCGGCGUUGCGAAGCAGCACCAUCACCAAUCAUCAAAACCCUAG